UUUGCUUGAAGAACAUAAGGACCUUCCUUUCAGCAUGUUGUGAAGUAUUUGGGAUGAAGAAAAGUGAACUUUUUGAAGCAUUCGACUUGUUUGAUGUGAGAGAUUUUGGAAAGGUGAUAGAAACACUUUCAAAACUUUCCCGGACUCCUAUUGCAAUAGGCACAGGAAUAAGGCCCUUCCCUACAGAAGAAAGUGUUGAUGAUGAAGAUGUCUACAAAGGUCUUCCUGAUUUAAUAGAUGAAACCGGUGUUGAUGAAGAUGAGGAGUUGUAUGAUUGCGUCUAUGGAGAAGAUGAAGGUGGGGAAGUUUACGAAGACCUAAUGAAAGAUGAAGCAGCACAGCAACCUAAAUAUACUGAACAUGACAUAAGAAGCUGUUGUCUUGCUGAAAUAAAGCAAACCGAAGAGAAGUACACCGAAACUCUGGAAUCGAUAGAGAAAUUUUUCAUGGUGCCAUUGAAAAGGUUUCUGUCAGCAUCAGAGUUUGAUACUGUUUUCAUCAACAUUCCUGAUUUGGUGAAAAUUCACAGGAAUCUAACGCAGGACAUCAAUGAUUCCAUCGCUAACAAAACUGAUCAGAACCUGUAUCAAAUUUUCAUUAACUACAAGGAAAGAUUGGUUAUUUAUGGACAGUACUGCAGUCAAGUGGAGAUAGCGAUAUCGUGCUUAGACAACAUCUCUAAGACAAAAGAAGAUGUUAAAUUGAAGUUAGAGGAAUGUUCCAAGAGGGCCAAUAACGGGAAGUUUACAUUGCGGGAUCUUCUAGUGGUUCCAAUGCAGAGAGUGCUAAAGUAUCACCUACUGCUCCAGGAGCUGGUCAAGCACACUACAGACCCCACGGAGAAGGCGAAUCUGAAACUGGCGCUUGAUGCAAUGAAGGACUUGGCUCAAUAUGUAAAUGAAGUGAAGAGAGAUAAUGAAACACUCCGUGAAAUCAGACAGUUUCAACUAUCAAUAGAGAAUUUGAAUCACUCCCUCUUACAGUACGGAAGACCCCAGGGUGACGGGGAAAUAAGGAUAACUACGAUAGACAAGCGUGCGAGGCAAGACAGGCAUAUCUUCUUGUUUGAUCUCGCUGUAAUUGUUUGCAAACGGAGAGGGGAUAAUUAUGAAAUGAAGGAAAUAAUAGAUCUUCAGAAAUACAAAAUUACAAAUAACCCCACUACUGAUAAAGAAAACAAGAAGUGGUCUUACGGCUUCUACCUCAUCCAUAUCCAAGGCCAAAAUGGUUUAGAAGUCUACUGCAAAACUAAAGACUUGAAGAAGAAAUGGCUCGAGCAGUUCCAGAUGGCUCUGUCAAACAUCCGGCCAGACUACGCAGACACAAGCUUUCAUGAGUUCAAAAUGCACACCUUCAGUCGCGUGACGUCGUGCAAAGUCUGUCAGAUGCUGCUGAGGGGAACAUUUUAUCAAGGCUAUUUAUGUUCCAAGUGCGGAGCUGGCGCACACAAAGAAUGUUUAGGAAGAUUAGACAAUUGUGGCAGAGCUAAUUCAGGUGAACCCGGGAACCUGAAACACGAGAAACGAACGAAUGGAAUCAGAAGAAACUCUAGACACGUGGACCCAGGUUUACCAAAAAUGCAGGUCAUUCGAAACUACAAUGGAAUACCGCAGCCAGCGCCGCAGGAUGGUCCACCACUGCACAUCCAGAUUGGGGACACAAUUGAGCUCAUUAGAGGAGAUGCACACAGCUUGUUUUGGCAGGGCAGAAAUCUAACAACAGGAGAGCUUGGGUUCUUCCCAAGUGAUGCAGUCAAGCCUAGCCCAUGCGUCCCUAAGCCAGUGGACUACUCUUCACAGCUGUGGUUUGCAGGAGCAAUGGAAAGAUUGCAAGCAGAGAGUGAACUUAUUAACAGAGUGAACAGCACUUACCUGGUGCGGCACAGGACCAAAGAGUCGGGAGAAUACGCAAUUAGUAUUAAGUACAAUAACGAAGUGAAACACAUCAAGAUUUUAACAAGAGAUGGCUUUUUCCACAUUGCAGAAAAUAGAAAAUUUAAAAAUUUAAUGGAACUCGUAGAAUACUACAAGCACCACUCUCUCAAAGAGGGCUUCCGAAGUUUGGAUACUACUCUUCAAUUUCCAUACAAAGAAUCCGAGAACUCAGUGGGACAGAGGAGUAACAGAGCAGGUGGCAACUUGCUGAGCCCGAAGGUGAUCGGCAUUGCCAUAGCCAGGUACGACUUCUGUGCCAGAGACAUGAGGGAACUGUCCCUAAUGAAAGGGGACGUUGUAAAAAUCUACACCAAGAUGAGCGCGAAUGGCUGGUGGAGAGGUGAAGUGAACGGAAGGGUGGGCUGGUUUCCAUCAACUUAUGUUGAAGAGGAUGAAUGAAUUAAAAACUUUCCUCUGCUGACCAGCAGUUUCAGGGAUUGUAAAAAUUUAAUGUCUUCAAAGUGUUAUUGGUCUUGUUAAGUAUUUAAACAGCAGCGUUUUUGUCUGUCUGAAUCUUCCAGUCUUAAUGCUGGGAUUUGUACAGAAGUUGGUGCUGCCAGGUGAUUACCGUGCCCAGAGCUGUGCAAGAAACAACCUGCCCGCUUGCCGUCGCUGGGGAUCCGUGCAAAGUUCAGCCCUCGCCUUCCCAGAAGAUCUCUGGAAAACAGAUUUCUUUGUGCUCCUUUUCAUUUCACCCUGUGCUACACCAUGAGUGCUGGCUGUGGCUGAAUAUUUUAUAAGUCUCUUUUCUUCUAGCCAACAUCUGUGAGGGCACAAGGGGAUGAAGGCUUGUUGCUCCUUAUCGCUGCAUGCAGAAAACAGAGCUCAGUCCCUGCAGUGGGCACGGUCGGCAGAAUUAAGUCUUGAGACACCAAACUACUUUACUGAUCACCUUACAAACAGUUGCACAUUCACAAGACAUUCUGAAGAAAAUACGGGUGUGGUAAACAUUCAUGCAUAUAUAAUUAGUUAACUGACUGCUUUGAGGGCCUGCUGAAAUCUUCUAACUGUUUAAAGACAACAUUUUAAAAAGGUGUAGUGAUGUGGUGUUGCUUGAAAAAAAACUCCACAAAGUGGAGUUGUGGGGUCCUUUUUGUCAUCCCAAGACUUUUUGUGUGAGGAUUUUUCAUUUAAGCAGCUGACCAUGAAGCUGCAACUGAGGAUAGUCAUGACGAGUUUUAAAAUUUUCAGCAUUAAUGUUAAAUAAAUAUUUUAGACCUGUUCAGUAGGAGAUACACUAAUGCAAGAUGAUGUCACUUCUCAGGAACAAAACUGUUCACCUCACCCUCCUGAUUGAUUCGGAUGAACUUUGAUGCUUCCAGCUCUAAGCUGUCUUUUCCUAAGUUGGACAGGAAUUUCUGUCACCUUUUGUGUUCUUACGAGUAACGCAAAGGGAACCGGAGGAGUCCUUGGUGCCCUUUCCUCUCCUGUUCCCCGGGAUGUUAGCAGCAGGCCAGUGAGUGAGUGGUCUUGUUCCCCUGUUGUGAGCAUCCCCGAGGAAAAGGGUGUCUAGGUUACCUAGCUGGAAACAUCACCCUUGUAAGGUGGUGUCCACCCCUGGAGAGGCAGUGUUUUAAUGUGUUUAUGGAGUGUAGUUAUAAGCUAAAAUAAAUGCGGAUGGUUUCUUCAGAUGUGCAGAUUUGAGUGUUUAGCUAAUGUCUAAUCUGGCUUGAAAAACCUCGAAGAAAAUAAAGCUCUUCAAAUGCAUUUUCUUUCUAGGGUAACGUUGACCAAUCAAGAAUUCAUCCUGUCCCACUUCCUCUCUUUUGCUUUCCCCUCUCCUCUUUUCCCGUAGGCAUCUUGCAGUUAGUGUGCAUAGACACUGCAUGAUUUAACACUGCAGUUUUUCCCACUCUGCAAGAAUGUGGUACCCACUGUUCGCCCACAGAGCAGAAUCUGCUAGGACACAUUUCAGAUUCUUUUCGGCUGUCCCCAGUGUUCUCUGCUUCUUUCUGGCCUCUUCUGGCCGUUAGGAAGAACCAAGCCCAGCACAGAGGAUUCACGAUAAUCCCCCUUGUCCGUGCCACCGUUCUGCCCAUCCGCUACGCCUAGCGUACGCCGCUGUGCCGCCAGGUGAAAGAGGGGAUCUUCUGAUGGGAAAUCCUCCGCUUGGGAGAUUCAGCCUUGCAGGUGGAACUCUGCUGAUGCUCUAACUUUUCAAGGAUUUACCUCAAAAUUAUGUAAACUGUGAUUGUGUUGAGUACCUUACUUGAUGGAGCAAUUGAGAGCAUUUGUAAAUAUGUAGAUUAUGCAUAAAACGUAUUUUGUAAAUGAUGUGUACAGCAGUGUAGACUAGGGUAUCCUGUCUUUGGCCAUCUUUGGCCAGGCAGUUUUACUGUCUGCUGGGAGCCUGAUCCUGGAUUCCUUAAGUAGACAAAGUUGAUUCUUCCACAGUUUUGCCUGCUGAAGGGUAGAGGAAUAGGCUCUAGGGCCUGAGAAGUGUUUAGUGCUUUGCUGUCAUAUAGUUCUGAGAAGAGGCAGUUUAAUUCAAUGUGAGUUGAGAAAUACGUCAGUCACUUUCAGCAGCUUGGUUUUAAAAUAAUUUUGAGUAGUCUCCCCACCCUAAAGUUGCUGUAAAGCUUUUAAGCAAUUCCCGAGUCCGGUAAUCAGCCUUUGAGAAGAAGGAAAGCCAUUGCUUUUGUGGCAUAAAUCUACGUGUUGUCGUCUGUGUUUAAUGCCCUGUAUUGAUUGAGUUAAUGCUGCAUCUUAAACUAUAUUUUGAGUACCAAAGACUUCGCAAAUACUCUGGAGCGUCUUUCGUGUGCUGCUUUUGCCUGUAUGGAGGUUUUCUUGUCAUGCGAUAACGGAG